AAUCUUCAAUGUCAAUGACCACAUAGAGCGAAGCAUAUUUGCCCAGGUUACUGUUAGGAAUCAAAAGUAAACAAACUGGACUGGACUUUGCUCAGUCCAUCAAACAGAUGCUUGUGUUAUCCGAGAGCAGCCUUCAAGUCUAAACAGGUGCAUAAUGAUGUUUUUUCAUUUUUACUGCUUUAUAAUAUUUUGCUGUGUUCAUCGUCACGUGACACUUAAGGAUGAAGAAAGCAUACCUCCUAUUGCCAAGUAUUUCAACACCAAAGGGAGGUAUGAAGAAGUGAACCCAUACCUCAGACAGGACAUACUCGCUGUAAACAGAUCUUCUUCGCAGCCUCCGUCCUCGCAGUGUCGGGAAAUCCAUCUGACGGCCAUCAUAAGACACGGGACGAGAUAUCCAACGGCCAAAACCGUCAGGGACAUGCAGCAGCUGCACAACAUCGUCCUGAAUAAUUUCACAGAGGAGCAGAGCUGGCUGCGUGAAACCCUGACCCAGUGGACGAUGUGGUACACUGAGGACAUGGACGGCCGACUGGUCCAGAAAGGUGUGGAGGAUCUGAAGCAUCUGGCCGUCAGGCUGUCAAAGCUCUUCCCGACGAUCAUCUCUGAGGAGAAACUUCGAGGUGGACUCAUCAAGUUCAUAACCAGCUCCAAGCACAGAUGUGUGAACAGCACGCUGUCCUUCAAAGCAGGGCUAACAGAGAUGUGGGCCAUCACAGAUGUGGAGUUUGGCCAUGAAGUAAAUGACGCUCUCAUGAGGUUCUUUGACCAUUGCACCAGAUUUGUGCAGGAAGUUGAUAAAAACUCAUCAGCUGUGAUAGAGGUGGACAAGUUCAAGCAGGGGCUGGAGAUGAUGAGGGUCCAGAAGAAAAUUGCAGAGCAUCUGGGAAUCUCAUCCAGUUUAAUCACAUAUGAUUUGGCCGAGGCAGCAUUUCUCUUGUGCUCUUACGAACUUGCUGUCAAGGCAGUAAACUCUCCCUGGUGUUUACUCUUUGAUGAGGAUGAUGCAAAGGUUAUGGAGUAUGCAAGUGACCUGAGGGAGUUCUGGAAAAGAGGCUACGGUCAUGACAUCAACAGCAAGUCAAGCUGCCUCCUCUUUCAUGACCUGUUCAGUCGACUGAACAAGGCAGUCAGCGAGAACAAGUUACAUCAGCAGGUCACUGAAGCGGUGACUGUCCAGAUCGGCCACGCAGACACCCUGCUGCCGUUGCUCACCCUGCUCGGCUUUUUUAAGGAUGCAGUCCCGCUGACAUCGGCCAACUACGCCUCGCAGGCUCAACGCUCUUUCCGCACCAGCCGCAUGUUGCCUUACGCUGCCAAUUUCCUCCUGGUUUUGUACGACUGUGGAGAGGAAGGCAUCAGGCUGCAACCUCUGCUGAACGAGCAGCCUUUGACCUUCCCUGGUCUGACCGAUCAGCAGGCCUCCAUGCCGCUCUAUGAAGAUGUCCGAAAGCGCUACAGAGAUCUUCUCAGUGGGUGUGACUUUGAGGCCGAAUGCCAACUACUCAGAAAUCCUGCUGAAGUUUAGUACUGUUUUCAUUUUCUUUAAAAAAAAAAAAAAGCAAAGAAAAGAAAA